CCAUGGUGUACUCUUCUGUACCCGAGGACACACUACAAGGGCUUGCAAAUGUUCUUCUGGACUACCUAAAACGUUUCGCCAGUGACAUCAACACACCAGCUUGCAGGCAGGGAAUUCAGACUGAUGCAGAAUGGAUUCAAAUAAACUUGGGUCCAUUUAAUCAGUUCAUAUCAUACCAAGAUCUGAAAGUCUUCAACCUCUCCCAGGAGGCAAUUGUGAGUGUCCUCUCACCUCAAGAGAAAGCACAACUCAUACUGGACCCAAGCAGUGGAGCUUUGGAGAACGUGACCCUCGUAAAAGGCCUGCUCACAAACUUGACGCAGUCCGGUGAUGUGGGGAAGCUCACUCAGUUUUUCCAGGCUUUUGCACAGAUCAACAAACAGACGAACAUGACCUUCAUCAAAAAUGCAGCUGUGCGAGACACAAUCUUGAACCUGACAUUGACAGCUCUUGCUCCGGAAUUCCAGACCUUUGAGCCUAAAGACUUUGAGCUGUGGUUCCAGCAGUAUUUGUCUCCCGUUAUAGCCAGCUUCCAACCAGACAGCUUGUUGGUGAUCCCCAUAAACAUCAGCUGUGCAUCCUAUGCAGCUAUACUUACUGGUCUGCAGCAAAGUUUGACAUUCCUGCCAUUGGACGUUUCGAUGGGCGCAAGAGCAAGCAUACAAUUGAUCCAAGACACAUUCCCACGUUGCUCGGUACCUGAUUCCUUUACGUGCACAAAGACCUAUGUAGAUGAGAACCUCAUCUGUGCUGCAAUCAACCAGUCACGCCUUCAGAAAACCCUGGAAUCGGACACCACCUCUGCAGUCCUGUGCAAUUUUACCAUCGCUGAAUAUGCCUGUUCUUCUGCUAAGAAUGUCACACCAAGCAACUUGGCCACAAUCUUGAAAUGCUCACUGGAAAAACAGCAAACAUACCCCGUAGAGGUGUGGAAACUUUUCUUCCAAAAUAGUCCUAAUCUGGAGCAGGCUCUUGAUGUACUGGCUGGCAUGAAUCUGAACGACGGCAGCAGCCCCGGCUUGUCAAAUGCUCUGGAGGCUCUGGGGGAGGUGAGAAUUGCCACGUUCAGCCAGGCACAACUGCAGGAUGAAGGGUUCAUCGACAACUGGUUCCAGAAAAAGAUCCAUCUCUUCUUGGCCUCUCCAACGACAAACUUCCUUACCUGCCUCAGUGCCGACAAUUUCAGCUGCCCGACAUACCAAGUUGUCAUUAAAGCACUCAGUAGGCAAAAGGCCUUCAUGGACAGUGACACACAGCAGGCGGUCUUCACUCACUUCAUUCAACCAUUCCUGUCAAGAAAUGACUCAUCAGAUCCAGGAUGCAUUUCUUUUGUCAAUGGAAGCUUAAAUUGGCUAGUGGCAAACUUUGGCAACUUCUCAUAUUUAGCAACCCUAAAGGAUUUGCUGGCCCUCAAUCCAAACUUCUCCAGCGUUCAGAUUCUGUCACAGCUUGCUCCUUCGCAGAUGGCACAGUUAAUUGUGAGCACAAGCUCCUCAAAUGACACAGUCCUAAUCGAUCAAGUCUUCAAUCAACUUGAGCAAGGCAAUGCUCUGAAAAAUGUGGACCAGUUCUUUGCACAGCUGAGUGCGAGUGGACAGGUGCCCGUAUUCCAGCCUGUUGUCAGAGACCUCCUCAUGAACAGGACCUUCGGGAUCAUCGGCCCCCAACUGAAACAUUUCAACACAGAGGACUUUUACAUUUGGUUCCAUAUCAGACUUGUAUAUGUCCUGGCAAGUUUCACUCCAGAGAUGCUCCAGCUAACAAUCCAAACAACCAAUUGCACAAACUAUCAUGUAGUUGUGAGUGGCAUGGCCAUGGUGUACUCUUCUGUACCCGAGGACACACUACAAGGGCUUGCAAAUGUUCUUCUGGACUACCUAAAACGUUUCGCCAGUGACAUCAACACACCAGCUUGCAGGCAGGGAAUUCAGACUGAUGCAGAAUGGAUUCAAAUAAACUUGGGUCCAUUUAAUCAGUUCAUAUCAUACCAAGAUCUGAAAGUCUUCAACCUCUCCCAGGAGGCAAUUGUGAGUGUCCUCUCACCUCAAGAGAAAGCACAACUCAUACUGGACCCAAGCAGUGGAGCUUUGGAGAACGUGACCCUCGUAAAAGGCCUGCUCACAAACUUGACGCAGUCCGGUGAUGUGGGGAAGCUCACUCAGUUUUUCCAGGCUUUUGCACAGAUCAACAAACAGACGAACAUGACCUUCAUCAAAAAUGCAGCUGUGCGAGACACAAUCUUGAACCUGACAUUGACAGCUCUUGCUCCGGAAUUCCAGACCUUUGAGCCUAAAGACUUUGAGCUGUGGUUCCAGCAGUAUUUGUCUCCCGUUAUAGCCAGCUUCCAACCAGACAGCUUGUUGGUGAUCCCCAUAAACAUCAGCUGUGCAUCCUAUGCAGCUAUACUUACUGGUCUGCAGCAAAGUUUGACAUUCCUGCCAUUGGACGUUUCGAUGGGCGCAAGAGCAAGCAUACAAUUGAUCCAAGACACAUUCCCACGUUGCUCGGUACCUGAUUCCUUUACGUGCACAAAGACCUAUGUAGAUGAGAACCUCAUCUGUGCUGCAAUCAACCAGUCACGCCUUCAGAAAACCCUGGAAUCGGACACCACCUCUGCAGUCCUGUGCAAUUUUACCAUCGCUGAAUAUGCCUGUUCUUCUGCUAAGAAUGUCACACCAAGCAACUUGGCCACAAUCUUGAAAUGCUCACUGGAAAAACAGCAAACAUACCCCGUAGAGGUGUGGAAACUUUUCUUCCAAAAUAGUCCUAAUCUGGAGCAGGCUCUUGAUGUACUGGCUGGCAUGAAUCUGAACGACGGCAGCAGCCCCGGCUUGUCAAAUGCUCUGGAGGCUCUGGGGGAGGUGAGAAUUGCCACGUUCAGCCAGGCACAACUGCAGGAUGAAGGGUUCAUCGACAACUGGUUCCAGAAAAAGAUCCAUCUCUUCUUGGCCUCUCCAACGACAAACUUCCUUACCUGCCUCAGUGCCGACAAUUUCAGCUGCCCGACAUACCAAGUUGUCAUUAAAGCACUCAGUAGGCAAAAGGCCUUCAUGGACAGUGACACACAGCAGGCGGUCUUCACUCACUUCAUUCAACCAUUCCUGUCAAGAAAUGACUCAUCAGAUCCAGGAUGCAUUUCUUUUGUCAAUGGAAGCUUAAAUUGGCUAGUGGCAAACUUUGGCAACUUCUCAUAUUUAGCAACCCUAAAGGAUUUGCUGGCCCUCAAUCCAAACUUCUCCAGCGUUCAGAUUCUGUCACAGCUUGCUCCUUCGCAGAUGGCACAGUUAAUUGUGAGCACAAGCUCCUCAAAUGACACAGUCCUAAUCGAUCAAGUCUUCAAUCAACUUGAGCAAGGCAAUGCUCUGAAAAAUGUGGACCAGUUCUUUGCACAGCUGAGUGCGAGUGGACAGGUGCCCGUAUUCCAGCCUGUUGUCAGAGACCUCCUCAUGAACAGGACCUUCGGGAUCAUCGGCCCCCAACUGAAACAUUUCAACACAGAGGACUUUUACAUUUGGUUCCAUAUCAGACUUGUAUAUGUCCUGGCAAGUUUCACUCCAGAGAUGCUCCAGCUAACAAUCCAAACAACCAAUUGCACAAACUAUCAUGUAGUUGUGAGUGGCAUGGCCAUGGUGUACUCUUCCGUACCCAAGGAUAGAUCACAAGGGCUUGCAAAUGUUCUUCUGGACUACCUAAAACGUUUCGCCAGUGACAUCAACACACCAGCUUGCAGACUUGGAAUUCAGAGUGAUGCACAGUUUAUUGAAACAAACUUGGGUCCCUUUUCAGUCUAUACAACUUAUUCAGACCUUGAAGCCCUUAACCUUUCUCUGGUCACUGUAGUAGACUUUCUUUCCCCAGCACAGAAAGCCGCUUUUCUUCUCCAAUCACAGAAUCUGUCCAAUGAAACACUGGUUAUACUUGUAUUCACAAAACUCACCAACUCAUCUUCUAUAAAUGACCUUGAGUCUUUCUUUGAGAAAUUUGUCAAUAGCUCAGCAGAGACUCUAAGCACUAUUACCCCUCGAGGGCGUGACGCCAUUUUAAAUCUAACGUUGACUGCUUUAGGCCCACAACUAUCUGUUCUAAAUGCUGAGGGCUUCAAGCUGUGGUUCCAGGUGUAUCUGACACCUUUCCUGCCAGGAGCUAAAAAUAGUACCUUUGAAAUUAUUCCGUUAAACAUCACCUGUAACUCCUACCAGCAGAUUAUAAAAGGUUUUGGAAGCGUCUUGCCUCAGCUUUCUGUUAGUCAAAGCCAAGAGGUUUUCAAGUUUGAGUUACACUAUCUUAGAGGACAGACUUUAUCAGGUCUAUCAUGCGUUCAGUCUGGAAUGGAUGACAGCCUGUGGCUAGAGGUUAACUUUGGACAGUUCCUCUCUGAAGCCUCCUUCCAGGACUUUUUGUCUUUGAAAAACAACUUCAGAGGAGUCGACGUUGCAAAUCUUCUCACUGUUGGUCAAUUAAGCCAACUUGCAGCAAUCCCCUCACAACUAACAAGCCAGGAAGAUGUGGCAAAAGUCAUGACAGCUAUUAAUCCUGCUGAGUUUGGUGCCUUCUUUGAUGCAGUGUCUCCAGCCAUUGAGGCACAAUCAGCCAACUACUCCACUGAGGUGAAAUCAGCCUUCAUCCUGGCAGUUUUUGCCAGAGGAAAUCUUUCUUCCUCCGCUGUUACUGAUGAGGACUUCCUGCACUGGCUUACAGUGAGAUUGAGGCCUUUGUUUGUUAACCUCUCCCCAAGCCUGGUCACCCCCUUAUUCCAAAUUGGGAUACACAGAAACUGUAACAGCAGCAAAGAGAUAGUUAAUCUUCUUGACACACUGCGGUUGACAUUCAGCAACAACACAGAAGAGGAAAUUUACAAUAACAUUGUAAUCUCCCUUCAAGGCCCAACAGCACUGAAAUGUUACAAGAGUGGGAGCUUUUAUACUUAUUUGAAAAGUAGUUUUCUGGGCUUUGGAUUUCCAAAUGUGUCUACAUUCGUAUCUCUUUUAUCAACAACACCCAAGUCAGAGCUCCUAAAUACCAUCAGUCCAGCAGAUUUGGGCAAUUUCCUCAGCCAACCCAAUGUGAUCAAUGUCCAGUCAAGUUUAUGUGACAUCUUUAACAAUUACAACAACACUCUUGCUUUCCUGGAAACUGAGGAUGUUCCAGAUGAUGUGAAGAAACAGAUCCUCCCUUGUGUCUGGCCUACAGCCCUGAAAAUCACCCAAAAAAUUGAAGUUGACGUGUGGUUUGAAAAAGGGUUAAAGAACUAUCUGAAAUUCCUCAGCAAGAAUCUGAUUAGUUUCACCGAAGUGAAGAAUGCCUCGUGCUAUGCAUUCCAGAAACUGGUGUAUUACAUGGGAAAUAACUUCACAUACAAUACCUCUAAUUUUGGAGAAGCAGAUGUUUACGACACAAUAAGAAGUUACUUAACAGCUGGGCCUGAGCCCAGAUGUUACAAUGCCAGUGACCCCUACUUAAACUCCACCGCCUGGUUUGCCAAUUCCAUUGGCAACUUUGUGAAAUUUCUCACUCUGGGUGACCUCACAUCCUUUGUUUCUGCCACUCAGAUCCAGAUAUUCUUGACAAACACCAUCAAUUUGGAGCUCUUCAGCAGCUCGACAGUUUUACAAACUGUGUCCAAUUACUACAUUACACAACUUUUUCAGUUCAACCCUACCUUCAACCCUAUUAAUCUUCCAGGCUCUUUCUUGUGCUCUUCUAACAUCCCAGUUCUGGCUUACUCUUCAAUAAGUGAAGCUGAUGCACUGAGUGUUUUGGGCAGACGUCAGAAACUCUGUAAUGGAACCGAUGACCCUGAGAUAUCAGCUGCUCUGGCAUCAAACAUCAAAACAGUGACUCAGCAGACGCUGGUGGAUCUCGGCAGCGCCUCUUCAGGCCUGAGCAUCAGUCAGAUCACAUCAGUGUCUUCUUCUGUGUUGGUUUCCUCUUUGUCCACCCUGGGCACAGUCACUACCUGGAGCCAGAGCCAGGUCACCACCAUCAUUCAAAGCAUCACCACAUCAGGUUUCCAGAUCAACAGUGCAGCCUCCCUGCUGUCCCUCGGCACGCUUGUUAGUGGAGUUCCUUCAAAGACCAUAGGAAAAAUCCCAGCAACAGAGCUUCUGCAAGCAUCUGCCAACACAAACUUUAUCUCCAACUUGUUGACGGCUCCAACGGUUAUCCAGGAAAUAGUCGUUCAAAAGAUCAUUUCUCUGAACUCAAGUCCAGCCAUGAUGGUGGUAAAUGUUCCUGAUGCCUUAGCAACAGCAAUCCCACCUGCCAUGCUGGUGUUUCCUCAGGGGACUGCAGAUAUAAAUGUGCUCAACAAAAAAACAUGGACACCAGAUCAGUCUUCCAUGUUCUUUUCAAGUCUAGCUGAAACAACCUUUGACAUUGAGCAGCUGUCUCCAUAUGUGCUGCAAGGCUUCACCUGCACGGUUGUCCAGAAGAUGAAAAUGUCCAAGAUAAAACAGUUGAUUCAGGCCUGCAGGCCAAGAAAUAAAAGAGCAAAGGUUUUACUGACAGAAUCACAGCUGACUUGCAUGUACAACUUGUUGGGUGGAAGCCUCUCUCAAAACUUCACUGACUAUCCAGCAGACAUGCUGGUUUACUUCAGCAGCCAGAAUAUCCAGAAAAACAACUGCAGGUCAUAUUUGUCUGCACUGGGUGCUGCAGACUUCUCAGUGGUCUCCAGCGUUUUGAACAAGGCUUCACAGCUGUUCGGUGAAGCCAGAACCUGCUUGGGUAUAAACAGUAGAAGCCUGAGCAAAGACACAGUGGAGGUCCUCGGGAACAUGGUGUGCACUCUGGAUGGAUCAUAUGUAGAGAACUCUGAUCCUGUUAUUCUGGAAAAACUGAAAACGUGCAAGGACUUCUCUGCCAGCCAAGUGGCUGCCAUGGAGACUCUCCUGCUUUCAGGGAACACAUCAUAUGGAAUCCCCUCGACAUGGACCAGUCAAACACUGGUGGACCUUGGAAUCCUCCCUCUGUAUUUGACGAAAAACUUCUGGGGACAUUUCUCAAAAGGAACAAAGAGGCAAUUCCUGAAGAGCUUUAUGCCCUCUCUAAGGGCAGCAAAGACAAAGAAAACUACACUGAAGAGCUUUUUCAACCAGGUUAACACUAUAGUGGUAAAACGAGCUGCAGGCUGCACAGUGGGCAACAUCACACAGGUGAUUUUAAGUGACGAGUCCUUCCCGUUUGGCUACGACCUGGCGCAGUUUGAUCUCUGCCUGGAUGUUCCGGUUCUCAAGGACAACCUUGAGUCUAUCUGCCAGAAAGUUGAUGAUGAUAACUUCCAAAAAGUCAUCCUAAACAAGCUCAACCAGGCAUUCCCAUUAGGAAUUCCUGAUCAGGAUGUCCAGAUGCUUGGUCCAGUGUCUCGUGCUGCAUCGCUUGAUGACAUCUCGAAGUGGAACAUCAGCACCAUUGACACCUUGGGAGCACUCAUGAAACCUGAAGAUGGAACUUGGACCACAGAACAGAGCAAAGCAAUCAUCACCAAGUAUCUGAGCAUACCCGGCAACUCCCUGGGAACCACCGAAUUGAACGUCAUUAAUGCCUAUGUGUGCUCACUAGAUGCAAAUACACUAAAGACUAUCUCUACAGAAAGUAUCAGAAAUACCCAACUUCUCAAUGUCUCAUCCUGUUCAGCUGAGCAGAAGAUGAUUCUGUAUGAGCUCAGUAACUCUUCCUUUAGCACAUACCGCAACAGCUUCAGCGACUUUUACACUUUAAUUAAAGCCUACCUGGGUGGAGCUCCUCUGGCUGACAUCAAAGGACUGUCAACACAGAACAUCAGCAUGGCUAUUGACACAUUUAAGAGUCUGCAGCUUGAUGUCAUACAAGCUUUGACUGUAAAUGAUGUGCGAGCUCUCAUGGGCAGCACCCUACCCAAUCUGAAGUUGUUUGAAAAUGACACCAUCGUUCAGACCUGGAUCAACCGCCAACUGCAGUCGGAUCUGGACACCCUGGGACUGGGCCUCGUCAGCAGCAGAGUUGAAGUUAUUACUCCAUCGCCUACCUCCAAUGGAAAUGUUUCAUUGACCAGUGCUACAAGUGCUAAAGUCACCUCAACAACACAAGCUUCAAGUAUAUUUAAUGGAGUCGAGCUUAUGAAACCCUCACCUUUCCUGUUCUUGGCUGCUCUGCUGACAGCUCUACAACAAAUGUUACAACGACCAGUUUAAAUGUAUCCCUCAUUCAAUCUCAUUCAAACAUUUAACUUUUGAUUCAGUAAUGUGAUUAUUUUGAAACAAUAUUUUACAUAAUGUUUAAUUACUCUCAUAUCUUUAUUUCUGUCUAACAUUCCUUUUUUGUUGUAAAAGCAUGCAGACUGAGUUGUAAUGUGCACUGACCCUACAAUUUCAUAUUCUCUGUAGGAUAUGGGAAAAGGGUAAUCUAAGAAUAAGUAAACAAUAAGCAUUAAAAGUUACUCAACCACCUA